AUGGGUAAGCUCACGAUCAAAUCCCCCAGCGGCAAGGUGCUCAAGGAACUCGAGGUCUCCGAGUCGUCCACGGUGGCUCAGCUCAAGGCGGCCUACGCCAAGGCCUUCCCCAAGUACUAUCCCGACCGGCAGAGGUUCUACCUGCAGGAUGGAGAGACGAGGGUCAGCCUGGAGGAUGAGAAGAAGCUUUCGACCUACAACCUGCUUUGCAGCAAGAGGGAUGACGUCGUUUACUUCCGCGAUCUUGGUCCUCAGAUUGCCUGGAAGACGGUGUUCUUGGUUGAGUACGCUGGUCCGCUGCUCAUCUACCUGUUCUUCUACGCCCGCCCUCCGUUCAUCUACCCGGCCUCAGACGCGCCGCACACGUGGGUGCAGAACCUCGCUCUCCUCUGCUGGGCGGGUCACUACCUGAAGCGCGAGCUCGAGACCAUCUUCGUGCACCGCUUCAGCCACGGCACCAUGCCGAUCAUGAACAUCUUCAAGAACUCGGGCUACUACUGGGGCUUUGGCGCUCUCUGCGGCUACUUCGUGAACCACCCCUACUUCACCAACCCCGAGCCCACUCAGGUCUACACUGCCCUCGCGUUCUUCGUUCUUUUCGAGCUUGGCAACCUCAUCUCGCACAUCCAGCUGCGCAACUUGCGUCCGGAGGGUACUACCGUCCGUAGGAUCCCCCGCGGCUUCCUCUUCGAGUUGGUGUCGUGCCCCAACUACACUUGCGAGAUCCUCGCCUGGGUGUGCUUCUCGCUCAUGACCCAGAGCGUUGCUGCUUUCCUGUUCACGCUUGUCGGUGGCGGUCAGAUGCUGGUCUGGGCUCAGCAGAAGCACAGGCGCUACAAGAAGGAGUUCCCGGGCUACCCCAAGAACCGCAGGAUUCUGUUCCCCUUCCUCUACUAA